AUGCGCAUCACCAUACCUCAACUUCUUUUGUUCGUUGUUGCAGCACCCAUCACGGGCCAUCUCCGUGAUGCGCAAAAGCACUGCAAAGUGACACCGCUAGACGCAGGCUGGCCAUCGUCCGAGGAAUGGGACCGACUCAACUCGACCAUAUCCGGCAGGCUCGUCAGGCCAGUGCCACCAGGGGCAGUAUGCCACGCGGAUCAGCCCUCGCACAGCACUGAUGGAUGCAUUGCGACGCAGUCUCAGUGGCGUGAUCCAUCUUUCCACCUGGGGGAUCCCGUCUCGGUCGAUUGGGACAACUGGGCCAACGACACGUGUGCCCCUGAUCCAGAGGUUGGCUGCAGCGAUGCCGGCUAUCCCGUCUAUGUUGUGAACGCCACGGAACCAGAGCAUGUGCAGGCCGGUGUUGAUUUUGCCAGGAAUAACAACAUUCGGCUCGUCGUCAAAAACAGUGGCCACGACUACCUCGGCCGUUCCAACGCACCAUUCUCUCUGUCGAUAUGGGUUCACCACAUGAAAGACAUGCGUAUCCAUGAAGCAGGCUCCUUCCAACCCAGGAAUUGCCCCUCGGAUAAUCUCACACACCCGAGGCAGGAUGUCGUUGUCACCUUUGGGGCCGGGACCGAGAUGGGCGAGGCCUAUCGCUUCACUGCCGCCGUGAACAGGACCAUCGUAGGCGGCAACGGGCCAACAGUCGCCCUGGGAGGCUUAAUCACAGGAGGCGGACACAGUAUCUUGAGCCCACAUCAUGGUCUCGCCGUCGAUCAGGUCUUGGAGAUGGAGAUGGUUGACGCCGAGGGCCGGCUGCUGACACUCAACGAAUGCGAAAAUGAGGAUCUCUUUUUUGCCGUCCGAGGAGGAGGCGGCUCGACGUUUGGCAUCUUGACCUCGAUAACCAUGCGCACCUUGAAAUCCCCGAGUGUUCUUGGCCUGGGCUUUUCCAUGAUCACAAGCGCCGAUAGUCCCCACGCCCUGGACGCCAUGGUUUACUUUAUCACACAGAUCCCUGCGCUCGCCGCCGCUGGCAUCUCGGGCUAUCCAAUCAUGCACAAGGCCAAACCUCUGGGGAAUGUGACGUACACCGGCGUGGUUGGCAUAUUGAUCAUGAGAGACAGCAGCAACCCUGAAGACAUCAUGAAGCUCAUUCAGCCCAUCUUCAGCCACGCCAACACCACCUGGCCGGGGCACUUUGUUUUUACUUCCCAGGUAGUUGCACAUGCCAACUUUUACAGCUGGUAUCAGCAAAACUACGACAAAAGCCAGGCUGGAAGGUCGCUAGUUGCUGCCUCGCAGCUGCUCGACGGGCAAGCCUUGAAGCGAAACGAGACGGCAAUCAGAGCAGUUCUCGAAGCGGUGCUGGACGGCGGAGAGGCGGGCUUCUAUAUGGUCUCGGGGAAAGGGGUUCGCGACGGAGGACGCACGGCGGUGAAUCCAGCUUGGGCCGAGGCCGUGGUGCAUGCUGCUACUGGAGUCGGUUUUCCAUCUCACGAUGCAGACGCUGCGGCGAAAGCCUCGGCGAACGCAAAACGGUUCUCAGCGGCGCUUCGCAGUCUGCGUUUGAAUAGUGGGGGAGCGGCGUACGUCAACGAGGCUCAUCCCGACGAAGACGAUUGGCAACACGAGUUCUGGGGAAGCAAUUAUGAUAGGCUGAGAGAAAUCAAAAAGAAGAGAGAUCCCGAGACUGUUUUCUGGUGUCACCCCUGCGUAGGAAACGAGGAAUGGGAAGUUCGGGACGGCAGGCUUUGUCAAGUUGACGGUUCGCAGUGGGAUGUCCAAGGUUGGCGGCAGUGA